AUGAGAAGUGGACUGCGGCUUCGGGUAACUCAUGAUUGUAUACAUGGAAAUCCUCUAGUCAUUACUACAUCGCACAUGUCGCGCAGGCUGUUGGUCUCGAUAGCACCCGGAUCAAUCCGUGGUCGUCAGUUUGCUUCAGAGCCAGUUGUUGAUUACUACGCUGUGCUUGGAGUCAAACCUGGAGCUACUUCGAAGGAAAUCAAGGCAGCCUUCUAUGACUUGUCGAAGAAGUAUCAUCCGGAUCGAAACAGAGAUAAUCAAGCUGAAGCGGCCUCGAAAUUCCAUCAGGUGUCGCUCGCUUACGAGAUUUUGGGCUCCGAUGAAAAGCGUAAAUGUAUGACUGCGGCUACGAACCAGUCACCUAAUUGUGAG